AUGUUAGUAUUAAAAUCGCGAACUCUUGGUCUGACCAGACAGUUGCAAACAUCUGCAACUAAAAAAACAUGGCUUGACGCUCAAUUUCGGCCGGGCCGUAUAAUCCCGGAACUUGACGGGAAGAAACCAACUUACAUUAUAGUUGGAGCCGGUUCAGCAGGAUGUGUUUUGGCGAACCGUUUGACAGAAAAUCCGGACAAUCGGGUCCUAUUACUUGAAGCUGGUCCACAGGACCAUUGGUGGAAUUGGAAGUUUCAUAUGCCUGCAGCUUUAAUGUAUAAUUUAUGUAACGAUAGAUAUAACUGGUAUCAGGGGAGGGUCAACGUCUUCUUAUUUCCUCUCAAGAUUAAAAAUGAAUUGAGGCUCUUCAAGGAUCACUCGUUUUAUUAUACCACAGCACAGAGUCAUAUGAAUGAUCGAGUGAUUUAUUGGCCGAGAGGAAGAGUAUGGGGCGGAUCAUCCACGUUGAACGCCAUGGUUUAUAUCCGUGGUCAUCCGUAUGACUUUGAUAGAUGGGAAAAGGAGGGAGCAAUCAACUGGUCGUAUAGGCAUGUUCUUCCAUACUUUAAGAAAGCUCAAAAUCACGAGCUUUCUACAGGUCCUAAUGAUAUGUACCGAGGUUACGAUGGACCGCUCAAGGUAAUGCAAGGAAAGUGUGAGAAUCCAUUACAUGAAGCUUUCCUUUUAGCUGGUGAACAGUGUGGACUCGGUAAAACUGAUGACUGCAAUGGUUACAGGCAAGAAGGUGUAGGCUCAUUUGAUUUAACCAUAUCGGAAGGGAGAAGAUGGAGUACUUCUCGUGCUUAUUUAUGGCCAGCCUUAAAACGUCCAAAUUUACAUGUUUCCAGCCGCAUUUCUUGUACGCGUGUCUUGUUUGAUGGUAAUAAAGCCAUUGGAGUAGAAUUUGCUCGUCAAAAAAAAUUUUACAUGGCCGACAAAAUCGAUUCUUACUCUGCAGAAAAAGUUUAUUGUGAAAAUUCGGUUAUUCUUGCUGCAGGUGCUAUAAACACACCUCAGCUAUUAAUGCUCAGUGGUGUAGGACCUGGCGCUCAUCUACGGGCUCUGGGUAUACCAUUAGUACAAGACACACCUGGAGUUGGAAAGAAUUUACAAGAUCACUUGGAAGUUUAUGUUCAGCAGAAAUGUAAGAAACCAAUUACACUGUAUAACAAAUCUUCGUGGCGCUUUCCACACAAUAUGGUUAAAAUAGGUAUGGAGUGGUUUUUGAAGCAUCAAGGCCUUGGGGCAUCUAGUCACCUUGAAUCUGGUGGAUUUGUUCGUAGUUCUUCUAAAUUGACUCAUCCUGACAUACAAAUUCAUUUUUUACCUUCGGCUGUAUACGAUGAUGGACGACUUCCUCCUAAAUGCCAUGCUUAUCAGGUGCAUAUUGGCCCUUUACGUUCAAAAUCAAACGGUACAGUUACACUGACAAGUUCGGAUCCCAGGCGUUACCCAAUUAUGAAUCCAAAGUACCUGAGCAGAGAAGAAGACUUUGAACAGUUUCGUUUUGCUGUGAAGCUUUCACGCGAAAUAUUUUCUCAGAAGGCGUUCGACGAUUUUCGGGAUGAAGAGUUAGCUCCAGGGAAGAAUUGUAAUAGCGACGAGGAGAUUGACGAAUUCGUGAAAAUGAAAUCCGCAUCUGCGUACCAUCCUUCCUGUACUUGCAAGAUGGGUUCUUCAAAAGAUUCUCUCGCCGUCGUUGAUCCCCUCACAAUGUGUGUCCAUGGACUAGAGAAUUUACAUCCGUUAGUUGAUUGUCCCUCGUCGAAUCACUCCGAUUUCGUAAAUAAAGAACCUAAAUUUGCAAAACAGAUCGUUCAUACAUUCCAGGUCGUAGAUGCUUCGGUGAUGCCUUCCAUCAUCAGUGGAAAUUUGAAUGCGUCAGUUAUAAUGAUUGGAGAGAGAGCUGCGGAUUUGGUUCAAGGGAAAAAACCAAGAGAUCCAGAAAAUGUUCCUGUUUGGACUCCUCCUCGCUAA